GAGAGCGUAACCGAAUUUAUUUUUGUAGCUCGAUUCUUCCAUCGAACAUCAUGGCUUUGAAGAUGUUGUAUCUCCUUCCCAUGAUACUGGGAAGAACUUUCGAUGCUAGAAAUGACAGAGUGGGAAUUGAUAUAUUUCCCGAGUCCGAAUUGAAAAAAGUACAAGUGAACGAUCAUUCUUUCUUUGAAACUACUUAUAAAAUGAUACAAAGUUCUCAAGAAGUGAAGCAAGUUCUUCAAGUUUCGGGAGAUUUCUCUCUUAAGGUGAAAUCUGGGAAGGUUGAUUUGAAAGGUUUUGGCAAUUACUUGAGAUCGUCUACGACGUCUGAAAAAACUGUCGAGAUAUUAACGAGAACCAAAUAUUAUACGCAUACAGAAUCUUUACCUUUCCAUCUGAAACCUCGGUCCGAUUGGGCGAGUCACAGGCCAGAAGAUUUAGGAACUCAUUACGUACAAAGUAUUACUUACGGAGGAGAAUUAAUAUCUUCUUUGAGAUUUAUUGCUCACAAGAUAGAGGAUGUCCAUAGUAUCCAAGCGAAAAUAUCGGCCGAAAUACAAGGAAUGAAACUGGAACAACUCAUUGCUUCGGGGAAACUCAGUCAAUUAAAAAAUGAUCUUCGGGACAAGGCUAACAUGGAAAUCUCAUACUUCGCCACUGUUCCAUUGAAAGACGUGCCCAAUACUAUAGAAGGUCUACAGAAAUUAGUAGAAGGGUUUGACGAACAAGUGAAAAGUGUCAACAACGGUGCGGGAGUACCCGUUAGAGUAGAAUUAAUGGAAUUAGCCACGUUUGAUGCUCGUUUUCAAUUUUUGAUAAAUAAGGCUUUGGAAAAUGCAUUGAAGACGUUUGAAGAUCAAUUCGACGAUUUAAGAGUUACUAAAGAUAAGUUAACCGACUGGAUCAGAAGUUUGCCUCCGACAUUGACACAGAAACAAGAACACGAGAUUACGAGAUUAUACGAGAGAAUUAGAAAGGUACUCAGGGUCUUUCAACAUACAAUUGGAGUUUUGGAUAUAGAAAAGGGAACCGAUCAAUUGUCAAAGGCGCUGCAGGCUUAUAAAGAAGGCGGAAAAGGUUUACCCGGAAAGUUCAAACGUGAAUUUGAUAAGUUGAGAUUUGAAUUAAUUGUCGACGAACCGGAUUUAAGCGACGUCGGAAAAACCACAUAUAUUAGAUGGGGACAUAAAACAUGUAAUUCUUCGACCUCAACUACAAUCUACGACGGUUACGUAGUUUCUGGAGAAGAAUUCGGAGUCGGAGGAGGAACUAACUAUUUGUGCCUUCCUAGCGAUUCGGACUUUAUUUUUGGUAAACUUCCGUCCGACAAAAAAAGUGGAAGUUACUUAGGGGGUGUUAGAUACGGUAUAACGGAUUUAGAACUAUUUAAAGGAUCCGAAAGAGAAAAUAUGUUUGGGAAUGGAGUCACGUGCAGUAUGUGCCACGUUGGCAAUCGUUCCACUAUAUAUAUGCGAGUGGGAUCUCAUCGAUGUCCGGACGGAUGGGUAAACGAAUACCAAGGAUAUUUAACAGCUAACAGAGAUAAUGGACAUCGAAGUAGAUACGUGUGUCUGGAUCAAACGCCCGAAUAUUACGCGGUAACUAACGCCCAGCUCUACGAACACAACUUGAAUAUAGUAGGAAUAGCUCAAGAAAAAAACCAAGAUUUGGCAAUUUCUUGUACCGUUUGUUCGAAAUAAUCGUCAACGAUCAUUUUUAAUGGCCUGUAAUACGAUCAAUUUAUUCAGAUUCUAUUAAAUAUAAUCAAUCAA